AUGGGUCUUUCACUUGCCAAUCUCACCAAAUCUCACCUUCACAAGAUCAUCGGCGGUGGAGUCCUGAUUAUCUUCAUCUUGGUUAUUGCACGACUAGCCGUCAAAGGCACACCUGCAUCGAGAACUAAUACAUGGGGCAUUGCAGUGUGUGUCAAGUCGGGUGUCUUUCUCGCCUAUCAGCUCCUCACAGCUCAUUUUGAACGCCUCAAACGAUGGGCGAGCACAAAAGCGAACAUGAUUUUAAACAUCAUUGAUACUGUCUUCUGGUUCGCACUAUUUAUCAUUACGAUCCUGGGUACGAUGGGAGCCCUCAGCGAAGCUAGUCGGGCGCUGGGUGGGAUUAUAGCCACGUUGACCGUCCCUUUAUUACGGCACUUUAAGAAGUACGGAUCUGUCCGUGAAGACAGCCUACCCAAAUCUGCCUGCUGA